AUGAAUCGCUCAAGCUCAACGGAAGAAAAUGAGAGUGCUGAUGAUGAUUUUAACCAGAGCGCUGAUGUCACUGUUGUUGAAUUAGUGGACUUUGUCAAUCCUGGACAAUCACAUCAUUUCUCCGAUCAAUUGUUUACCAAAUUUAAAAGUCAUAUGAGAGAACCAGUUCAUAUUUUUAAAUUAAUCGUUGUAGGAUCUUCAAUGGUUGGAAAAACAUCAUUUAUCAAUCGUUUCAUUUUGGAUCCAAAGAUAAUGUUUCGACAUUUGUCCGACAUUCAUACAACUAUCUUUCCCAUUACUUUUGCUUCUACUAAAGGCAAAAUUCGCUUUGAAGUGUGGGACUAUCAGAAUGAAAAUAAUACGAGCAAUGAUGUCUACAAUGAUAUCUUGGAUGAUCAUUUUCACAUACCAUGUGACAAGUUUUUUCAACACGCUCAUUGUGCCAUUCUCAUGUUUGACAUCACCUCUCGAUUGUCUUACAAAAUGGUGCCUCAAUGGUACAGAAAAGUUUUAACAUUAAAUCCCGAGAGAGUACCAUCUGUGGUGUUGUGUGGAAAUAAGGUCGAUGUGAUGGAUCGAAAAGUUAAAAGAAAAUUUGCAACGUUUCAUCGAAAAAGGAAUAUUGAAUAUCAUGACGUGAGUGCUAGAGUUAAUUACUGCAUUGUAGAACCAUUAUUGAGUUUGGCUAAAAAGUUGUUGAAUUGUGUGGAUUUGACAUUUGACAAUACCUGGUCUGCAAUGCUCAAAAAACCUCAAGAAGUGACCAUUGAUUCCUCACGACGUCUUGAAAUCAUGCAGAGCGAGCACAUGUACUAUCAUGAUACUUACCAGAUGAUGACGAUGAUUUAUAACUGUAUUCGGAAAUCUUGUGAGUUCAUUUUCACUCCAAAAAAUGUUCUUAUGGAUCACAACAAGGUUGUUGCACGAAAAAGUGUUUGCAAAUUCGAUCGAAUGAAAAUAUAUUGA